AUGAAUGGUAAACACGAGGCAGCGAUAGGCGCUGGCCAAACAAAUUCAGACGCCCUACUGGAAUUUCUUCAAUGAUUCGCCCACCAUCCAGUUUCAUCACAAGAAAGAUUAAACAACACGCUGUUCGCUCCCUCUUCCAACAAGAAUCCAUCCAUCGCUUUAUCCAUUUCAAACACGUAAACAAAUCAUCCAAAACCCGCAUCAGAUUCCACGCAAAUUAGGAUUCCAUCCACCAAGAACCUUUUUACUUUCUUGCAAGACGCUAUAUCAGAUAGGAAGAAGAGGCCGGUGGUGAUAUGGUAGCGGAAGAUGGAGACGAGGCCAGCAGUAGGGGAUCAAAACCCAAUAAAUCAGAAAUGGUGAUGAUGCACUCCUACUGGUUGACGAAUUUCCCCAGAGAUCUGAUGGCAGGGGCAAUGAUGGGCGGAAUGGUGCAUACGGUUGUAGCCCCAAUUGAGAGGGCGAAGCUUUUAUUACAGACCCAAGAGAGCAAUAUAGCCAUUGUUGGAGGGAAGCACAGGAGGUUUAAUGGUAUGAUUGAUUGCAUUGUUCAUACGGUCAAAGAAGAAGGGGUUUUAUCACUUUGGAGAGGUAACGGCAGCAGUGUUCUUCGUUAUUACCCAUCUGUUGCCCUCAAUUUCUCUCUCAAGGACCUUUACAAAAGCGUUUUGCGCAGCCGCAGCUCUCAACAGUCUACUUUCUUAUCCGGUCCACCUGCCAACUUUAUUGCCGGGGCUGCAGCCGGCUGCACAACGUUAGUCAUCAUCUACCCUCUGGAUAUUGCACACACUCGGCUUGCUGCUGACCUCGGAAGAAUGGAAUCCCGCCAAUUUCACGGCAUUCGCCACUUCCUCGUAACAGUCUGGGCCAAGGAUGGGAUCCGUGGAAUCUACAAAGGCCUCCCGGCAUCUCUUCAGGGAAUGGUGGUUCACCGUGGCCUUUAUUUUGGCGGGUUUGAUACGUUAAAAGAAAGAAUGUCGAAAGAUGCUCCAUCGGAAGUGGCGUUAUGGAAACGCUGGAUCGUUGCUCAAGCCGUGACGUCGUCUGCUGGACUUUUAUCAUAUCCGAUGGAUACUGUGAGGAGACGGAUGAUGAUGCAAUCGGGAAUAGAACAACCCAUGUACAGAAGCACUUUGGAUUGCUGGAAAACGAUCUAUUCGACGGAGGGGUUUAGGUCGUUUUAUCGGGGGGCACUUUCGAACAUUUUUAGAAGUACAGGGGCUGCAGCGAUAUUGGUUUUGUAUGAUGAGGUGAAGAAGUUCAUGGACUGGGGUGGAUCAUAGCAUCCCCUAACAAGUUGUAGGGAAGAGUUAGAGUAGGAUUAUACCGAUGAUAGAAUGAUACAGUUUAACGACAUAUUCAUCAGUAGCUGUUACAAAUUACAAUCAUCAGAUUUUGAUAAUGAAUAAACCU